GGCGAGAAGGGGCCGGCCAGGGAUGCUGACUCCUGUAGGAACUGUGACUCCUGCGCUCUUGUCGGUUCCUGUCAGAUAUUUUCGUACCGACUCGCAGCUCACUGGCUCGUUUUAAUGUGGAAUUCUGUGACGAGCUGCGUGUACUCAGGCUUUCUUGAUGGACUGACUUUAUGAAACGACACUCAGGGUGGUUUUCUCCUUGGAGCCCUGAAUGACACCAGAUCAGGUGGAUUAACCCCGAGUAGUGCCGUCAGUGGAGCUGUCCUCGUGCUGUCACCCUGACCUACCGGAGGAGGGCAAAUGAGGUUGCCGUGGAGACUGGGCCUGGCUCUCCUGUUGGCCCUGACCUCCAGAGCCACGGGUCAAGACAUCCCUCUGGAAGUGGAACAGCUGCCGACCAUAACCGCUCAGACCUCAGGCUCGGUCAUUGCCUUCCCUGUAGAAGACACGUUCACCAUGAGAUGCGAGGCCAAGGGCAACCCAACACCAAAAUAUAGAUGGACGAAAGAUGGCCAGGACUUUGAUCCAUCGCAGGACUCCAGGAUAAAGACUGAAGAGGACAGCGGUGGUUUCGUGCUUCAGGGCAAAUACCUCACACUGUUCCAGGGGAGGUACCGUUGCUAUGCCUACAAUAAACUGGGCACCGCCAUGUCAGAGGAAACUCAACUCAUCGUCCCCGCUGUCCCCAAGUUCCCCAAGGAGAAGCUCAAGCCCAUCGAGGUGGUUGAGGGCCAGCCGGUGGUCCUGAAAUGCGACCCCCCAGAGGGCGUGCCCCCACGUCAGAUCUACUGGAUGUCCAUAGGUCUGCAGCACAUUGGCCAAGAUGAGAGGGUUUCCAUGGGCAUCGACGGCAACCUUUACUUCUCUAACGCCGUGGAAAAGGACAGCAGGAAAGACUACUGCUGCUUCGCCGCCUUCUCUGCAAUCAGGACCAUCGUCCAGAAAACAGCCAUGUCCAUGAUCGUCAAGAGCUUGAAACCUGAUGGUCAACUGAAUGACACUGAAGCUGGUGAAGCCAUUUCCACACCAGGCAGAAUCCCUAGUCUCCUAACGCCCCCUGGUGUUCAGUCUGAGGUACACUUGGUGAAGGGAGAGGAACUGGAGCUGGAGUGCAUAGCAGAGGGAUUCCCGACUCCCGUGGUGGAAUGGCUGAAACUGGGCGAGAAGCUGCCGAUGAGGACUAACGUGAAGAACUACGGGAAGCUCCUGACGAUACCGGGCAUGGCGGAGGAGGAUGAAGGGAAGUACGUGUGCAAGGCGAGAAACUCCGUUGGCGAGGCCGUGCACUACUUCGAUGUCCUGGUCGAGGAACCUCCAAGUUGGCUUUCGGGAGCUCCUAAAAGCCAGUUGGCUCUUAUCGGGGAAGACGUCCACAUCAAAUGCACUGCUACCGGGAAACCCAAACCAGCCAUUGUCUGGAGGAGGAAUGGCCAGCCUCUGGAUGACGCCCUUAUCACCCGCAGCCAAGUGUUUGAGGACACUAUAGUUCUCCACAACGCCAGGCCAGAAGACAGUGCUGUUUACCAGUGCGAAGCCUCCAACAGACAUGGCACCAUCCUGGCUAACGCUAACAUCAUGGUUAUGAAUAUGCCCCCUGUGAUCCUGAGCAAGGGCUACCAGGAGUACGGCGCGGUGCGGGGAGGGGACGUAGUUCUGGUCUGCACGGUGUUCGGUUCACCUCCACCAUCUAUCUCCUGGAAAAGGUUGGACACGGGAGCAGCUGUCGAGGGACGAGAGCGCUUCUCUAUUUCCCAGAACGGAUCCCUAACCAUAAACAGAGCAAAGAAAGAUGACAUUGGGGAAUAUGUGUGCCUGGCCACAAAUACCGAGGGAACAUCCGCCAUCACUGCUUCAGUGGAAGUGAAAGAACCUACUAGAAUAGUCCAGCCCCCCAAGGACUUGGAGGUUCUAUGUGGCACCAAUGCAAAACUGGAGUGCCAGGUGGAGUAUGACAUCACUCUGAUGAGGGACUAUAAAUUGGUGUGGACCAAGGAUGGGAAGAGGGUACCCGUGGCCUUCACCGAGGAGUCCAGGUACUUUGUGGAUUAUGGAACGCUGAAUAUCGUCAAUGUGAACCAGAGUGACGAGGGAAGAUACACCUGCACUGCCACGACCAGUUUAGACCAGGACACUGCCUCGGCAACAGUCACCGUGCUGGAUGUUCCUGAUGCACCGGAGGAUCUGGAGCUGUCUGAACGCAAAACCCGGAGCGUCCGUCUGACCUGGGUGCCUGGAAAUGAGCACAACAGCUCAGUGAGCGAGUUUGUUGUGGAGUACGAAGAGAACCAGUGGGUGCCUGGGAAAUGGCGACAGCUACAGAGGGUGCCCGGUAACCAGGCAACGGUGGUUCUGGAGCUCCAGGGUCACCUAAACUACCAGUUCAGGUUGUACGCCGUCAACGCCAUCGGAGAGGGGCCUCCCAGUGGGCCCACGGAGAGAUUCAAAACCUUCCCUGCAGCGCCGGAUAAGAACCCAGAAAACAUCAGAAUCCAAGGCCAUCUGCCUCACCAGAUGGACAUCAGCUGGGAUCCCCUGCUGCCAGUGGAACACAACGGUCCGGGCCUGGAGUACAAGCUGAGUUACAGGAGGCUGGGGGUGGAGGAUGGGUGGAGGGAGCACCUGGUCAAGAGGCACUCCUUCUCCGUGAAGGACACACCCACGUUCGUCCCGUACGAGAUAAAGAUCCAGAGCAGGAACAGUCAUGGCUGGGGCCCGGAACCAAAAGUGGUGACCGGGUACUCCGGGGAAGAUGUUGUCUUUUGGCAUUGUCUCCGGGAUAAUGUCUCAGUGCCGACGGCCGCCCCCAGAGAUGUGGCGGUGGAGCUGGUUAACACCACGCUGCUCAGGGUCAGCUGGAGCAGGGUUCCCCAGGCAACCGUACGAGGUCAUAUGGGGGGCUAUAAUGUUCACUGGACGAGGAGGUGGAGUCUCCUGCAGCCUGACAGACUCCAGGAGGAGAAGUAUUCCCUCUCCUUCCCAGGGAACCGAAGCCACGUCCUGGUGCCUGGCCUGAGGCCCUACUCCGAGUACCGUCUGACCGUCAACGUGUUCAACAGGAAGGGCAACGGUCCCAGCAGCGACCCUGUGACCUUCCAGACUCCAGAAGGAGUUCCUGAACAGGUGCCCAUUCUGACAGCAUCAAACGCCCAGAGUGACUGCAUCACCUUGGUGUGGGCUCCCCCUUUUCAGGCCCACGGCAUCCUGACAGGAUACCUGCUGCAGUACCAGCCCGUUAACGAGACUCUGGACGUGGGCGACCUGAGGGAGGUGAAGAUCAGCGGGUCGGACACCACCCAGUGGCUGCUCCGGGGUCUCCAGGGAGCCAGUCUGUACCGCCUCCACCUCAGCGCCUGCACCCAGGAAGGUUGUGGACCCGCGCUGUCCCAGGAGGCCAGCACCCUGACCUUAGCACAUUCAUCCCCAUCUCCAGCUGUGACCCCCACUGAGUGGAUUCCAGCCCUGUUGAACAUAAGCUCCUAUGUGAGUGACACCUUCGCAAAAAUCAGCUGGACUACCAGGGAGGAGCAACAGGACUCUCGGCUUUACGUGGCUUAUAUGAAUAAUCGGGAAGGGAGCUGGCGUCUGUCCCAGGCCGUAAACGCUUCUAAGAGUUUCCACGUAAUUGAAGGGCUGGAACCAGGGACGGUGUACACAAUUCGCCUCAUGGUCAAGAGCUUGCUCGAUAAUGCUAGUAUUUUCGAAGACGUUAUCCAGACAAGGGUCAAAGGUUCAGCAGGUCUUCAGGAUACCAUUUCCACCCAGGGCUGGUUCAUCGGGGUCAUGUGUGCAGUGGCCUUCCUCACCCUCGCCGCCCUCGCUGCCUGCUUCGUCCACAGAAACAAAGGUGGCAAAUACGCAGGUACGCCACCUCCGCCUCUGCCAGACAUGCCCUCCAGCGACCCAGUCAAGGAAAAGGAGGAUCUCAACCCAGACGAGGAGUCUCAGGGAGGAAAUGAGGACACCUGUGAAUACAGCGACAAGGAGCCUCUGAAGGGUAGCCUGCAUUCCCUGGGUGGGGGCGGGGGCAGCGAGGACAGUCUGGUGGACUACGCCGACGGGGAGGGAACCUUCGACGAGGACGGCUCCUUCAUCGGCGUGUACUCUGGGCACAAACAAAGAGGCUCCGUAGACGAGGCCGACGUCGAGGCCCCCGUCAGCACCUGAGGGCGCCUGCUCCUCUGUCACGGAUCCCCGGUCCUAACGCAGCGAGUGGCUGCGCGGGAGAAUUAAUGGCGUCAUUUGAGUGAUGCAUGGAUUUAAUAAGAGGCGUUUGGUACCUAUCAAUCACAAACCCUUUACAAAUGCAUAUUGAUUUUCCUGUUUUUUGGGGGGUUCCUCUGCACUGUGGUGUAUUUGUCAACUGUUUGGAAUGUUCAGUCUUCUUUUGUGUGUACAACUACAUCUUCACUUUGGAAUGGGUUCAAAGAAAGAACUAAACAUUUUUUUUUCAUAAUUUCUAUCCUCAAAUUCACAAAAACAAAGUGUAUAUUUUGAAUUAUUUAUCACAAUAGGACACAUAAAUAUAAUCACUGCAUAUGGCUGAUAUGCAAGACCCUAGUUCGGCAUUUCUGUUCUUUUUCACUGUUGACUGUAUAAAGGUUGUGCCUAUUUUUGUAUAUUUAAUUUUCACUGUUUAUACUGUAUGUUGCGACUUUGUACAUAUUGUUGAAAGUACAAAGAACUUUUUCCUGUUCUAUAUGUAUACAUGUAAAUGUAUACUAUCUGUAUACUUUGUGUAAAAAUCGGUUUUAUAUUAACAAUC